AAACAUGCCCCUCCUUCCCCUCUCAGAUUGUUUUGUUGGGGUACACCACGCCUGUUCCGAGUGGGCUACUAAAUCUGCAGCCCUCUCCCACUCAGAGCGGAGCCAUCUGAAUCGCUCCUGUUUCUGAUUGUACUCUUCAUCUCCUCCUCGGGGUCAUAUACUAUACUAUAUACUUCACUGAGCAGCUUUUCAAGGAAAUGGCGUUGACACAAAAAGUGGGCUACAAGUGCCGCAUAGCCACAGUUCUCUUCCUCCUCUUGGCUAGCAUUGCUGGGCUCAUCACUGUUGCUGUCAUCCAGCACAAUUGGAGGUCCAUGGAGUAUACCUUAGAGUAUGGCAUAGUAAUUGACUCGGGAUCAUCUCGGUCCAACAUCUACUUGUACGAGUGGCCUGGGGAGAAGGAAAAUGAAACGGGAGUUGUGAUGGAGAAAUUGAACUGCAAAGUUUCUGGUGUUCCAAUCUCUGAAUUGAAAAUUGACCCGAAGAAAGAUGCACAGACAUGGGAAGGCUUCAAAAAAUGCAUGAAAAAUAUCUUGGCAGCCAUUCCUGAUAAAAAGCACAAAACAACGCCUCUCUUCUUGGGAGCUACUGCUGGAAUGAGACUCUUACAAGAGAAAGACAUGCAGCGGGCUAGCAAAAUCCUGAAUAGUCUGGAAGUAUAUCUCCAAUCUCUGCCCUUUGACUUCCAAAAUGCAUCCAUCAUUACUGGUCAGGAGGAAGGACUGUACGGCUGGAUUACUGUCAACUAUUUAAUGGGAAACUUUCUUGAGAAAAGCAUAUGGAACACCUAUGUUCGUCCACAAACAUCCAAGACUGUGGGCUCAAUGGAUCUUGGUGGUGCAUCAACACAAAUCGCCUUUGCGGUUGAUGAUGAGCUCAAUGGACCUGACUACAUGCACAUCAAGUUGUACGGCUACCCUUACAAUGUCUACACUCACAGUUUCCUCUGCUAUGGCAAGAAUGAAGCUGAGAAGAGGGUUCUGGACAAAGUCAUUCAGGAAUUAUCGAACCCUAAGGACAUUAACAACCCCUGCUACCCCAUUGGUGUGAAUGUAACCAUUCAGGCCUCGGCCAUUUAUGACACAGAGUGCACAAAGAAACCCAAGAAUUACAGUCCAGAUCAAAAAUACUUCAUGGUGGGAUCUGGCAAUUCAGACCAAUGUGGGAGAAUAGUAAAUUCCAUAUUUGAUUUCACCAUUUGUUCCUCGGCUCAAUGUUCUUUCAACGGGGUUGAGCAGCCGCCAGUCACUGGGGAAUUUAUGGCAUAUGCCGGUUAUUUCUAUGUCGCUAGAGCUUUGUUGAUGAAUGAAUCAACCGAAACCAUCAAACCAGCAACGUAUGAUGAAUUCAAUACCUCAAUCAUCCAAUUAUGUAAUGCACCUUGGAGUGAGCUGCAGAAUCAAAAGACAUGGGUCUCAGACAAAUACCUACGCACUUAUUGCUUUGCAACGCAUUACAUCUUCGCUUUGCUGACGAACGGUUACAAAUUUGACACGAACACGUGGAAAAACAUUCACUUUCAAAACGAGGUGAAGAACACCAGUGUAGGUUGGAGUUUGGGCUACAUGCUUAGUAGCUCUAAUAUGAUCCCGUCUGAGAUGAAUGAAGUCUUCCCAUUGACUGAUCCUGUCUUUGCCGGUCUUAUCUUUUUAUUUUCUGCUCUGACCGUUGUUACUGUCAUCUUGAUUUUCAUCAUUCUUAUUCGCACAUGCUACUAAGUUGGUCCAAGCAUGCCUUAGAUCAGGGGUGUCCAAACUUUUUGGACCGAAGAUCUACUUUUCGAUCAACUAACCUCCCGGGAUCACCCCUUACCGGCAUGCGCGCGCGCACACAUACACACACACACGCACGCGCCAUGAUGAGAAACAGCCUGAAACUGAGGCAUGCGAUGCACUUUUGCAGCAGUUAACUAUCGUAGCUCACAUGUACCACAUGUACCAUUUUAAAGUGCUUCCCUGUGCCCUCCUAGAUUCCUAUUCUUUUUCCGUGCCCUCUGUGAAUUGUACACGAAGCAAACUCUGAAUGAGAAUAAUGACGAUAAAAGAUAGAGCGCAACAGCUCUGAUCACAAGCUGCAAUUGCAGACUGCUGAGCGCUAACAACUUCCGGUGAUGUAAUCACGCGCCACUGUAAAUUCAAGAUUUAUCUGCUUUAUUUUGUUUUUUUUAAAGAUUUUUUUUUGUGAAAACAAGACUGAUAGGAUGAUUAGGGUGCAGCGUACAUUAACACAAAAAAAUAUAUAUUACUAACAUGUUCAAUGACACACAAAUGAUUAUUUCGGGGUAUUUUUUUCUCGACACUCCUUGGAUCUACUUGGGACCUGUGUUAGAUCUACCGGUAGAUCAGGAUCAACGUAAUGGGCACCCCUGCCUAAGAUGGUUUAAAAUGUUUGUAUGGAAGACCUUGGUGUUAUCCUAAAAUGAACUGGACGAUUUAAAAGACAGAUUAUUGUUCACCAAGGAAUAUUAAGAGCCGGUGGAAAUAUUAAAAGAAAACCAUUUUAUGGGAGGAAGAAAAAAAAGAACACACAGAGGGAGUGGAAGGGCAUUUAAAUUACAAGACAAAUAAGUAGCCUCUUUCAUGUUUCAUGUUAGCAGGAUUAAGACAAAUCCCAAAAGGUAGCAGAUUACCACUAAAUAUAUGUUGAAGUUCUUGGCUUUUGCUUGUGAAUGGCUGCAAUAUUGGGAAAAAUUAAUUCCCUUGUAAACUUAGAAUAAAUAUGUAUUGUAAAAUUGUCACACCAGAGAAAAAGUAUGGCUAACAACUCUGCCAAAUUUGAAUGAUCAAACGAAAAAAAAAAAUCGUCUCCACUCUCGAACACAGCAAGCGUGUUGUCUAAAAUCACACACCGCUCAACUGUCAAUCAAAUCUUAUGUCCAGCAUCUUUCCUCCCUACAUGUUUGAGCUGCAAAACUUGUCUGCUGUGUUAACCUCCUUGCGUGAUGGUGUGUUGGUUUGUAGGUCCACAUAUCAGAGACACUUCAUUGAAACGCAACCUUUUUUUCGCCAUUUAGCCCGUGGCCCGCGCUGCAUGACAGACUUAAGCACAUAUUUCCUGCUACUUACAGUACAUACCCAGGUUUACAUUCCAACAUAUUUCGGUUGUCUGAAUAACACAAAAUACAUCAAUCCAUCCAUCCAUUGCAUCUCACUUGGAAAUUCAAAAUAACAACACUGAGCUGUACUAUAAAUUGGAGCAUCCAAGGAAGAUGUUUAUUUAUUUAUUUUUUUCUUUUUGGGGAUAUACUGUAGACAUAGUUAACUGGAUAACUGCAUGCUGUACCCUGCCUACUGCCCAAAGAUGGCUGAUUCUAUAAUAUAUAUGUUUAAAAUCCAUUGUCAAAUAUUUAUUUGACCAAAUACCAAAAUCGGCAUCUGUCU